GCCACCGUGCUCCGGUUGGUGGGGUGGGCCUCGUCUGCUCUCCCCUUUUCUUCUCCGGCGAGCUGUGCGCCACCGCCGCCGUCGACGGAAUGGACGCUCAGGCGACCUGGAGGGCGGGGUCGGUGGGCUCCAGGAUGUCUUACAAGAACGCCACCCUCGCCCUGUGCGCCAUCAACGUCCUCGCGGUAGCCCUCCUCCUUCGCAACCACUUCUCGGCCUGGCCGCGCCUCGCCGGCAGCCACCGGUUCGACUCAGCUCAGCUGCGGUAUAUAUGGGAGUCUGAAGAGUUGCGCCGUGCUAUGGAGCCUGCGGAUUUGAUCAAGAGAGUGAAGGAAAUCGAGCAGGAAUCUUAUGGCGAGCAUGGCAUGUCAACGCAAGAAGAUCCCAAGCAGACGGCUGCCGUUGACUUAUCAAACAGGCUGAAGGAUUUACGGCAAGGGAAUGAUGGCAGCAGCCAAAGAGCUCUGGAGGAGUGGCGUAAGCGGAAGAUGGAGCGCGCGAGGCAGCGAGCGAUCGACAAGGACGCGGCGAUGCCUGGGACGAAAGCGCGGUGAAGCGUAUGUAUGUAUUAGAGGUGUUCCGGAACGCAAGGGCGGCGUUCUUCCUCUGCUUAGUUCGGAGCUGGUGCGGUGCGUAAAUAAUGAUAUAUCUUGGCACGUUGGAGUGCCAGCACCUGCAUGAUCAUGUCUGUAAAAUGACCUGGGAAUCUGGGAUACUAUCGUCCUGUCUGUGAAUUCACCUGUAACACCGUUGUUCUGGAGAAGAACCGAAAAUCAGAUGGGUGUUUUUAGUGAUU